AAUAGAGCUCAUAUCAUAUGUCUCGUUCUUCACUGGUUUUUUGACAAAAUCAUUCAGAUUAAUUCAAUUUCUCUGUCUGUAAAUACUUUAACUUUUCCCAAUUCUCACCGUCGCUCAGUGAUUAGUAGUUAGAAUUUUUCUCGUUUAAAGAUGCACGAGUAGAAGACGGAAGUACUGAAAUUCCAAGCUUUCCUCUUAAGUAGAAGCAAAGAGUAGACUGUCAUAAAAAACUUCCAGCUUUCCUUCAAUGGGUGCUCCUAAGCAGAAAUGGACUGCAGAAGAAGAAGCGGCGCUGAAAGCUGGAGUAGUCAAACAUGGGGCUGGAAAAUGGCGCACUAUACUUACAGAUCCCGAGUUUAGUGCCAUUUUGCGCAUGCGUUCAAAUGUAGAUCUUAAGGAUAAAUGGAGGAAUAUAAAUGUGACGGCAAUAUGGGGAUCCCGGCAGAAGGCAAAGCUUGCUCUUAAAAGGAGCCUACCAGCCCCCAAAAAUGACAACAACCAUACAGCCUUGAGUGCUGCAGUUCAACAUGAUGAAAUUCUCGAUACUAAGCCCUUAGCAGUUUCUUUUGGAACAUUGCAAUCUUCUAACUCGAAAGAACAAAUAUCAAGGUUGGGGGAUAAUGAUAUAUUAGAGGCCAUUGUCAAUUUGAAGGUGCCAAAAGGUUCUGACAAGGCCGCCAUUGCUUCUUACAUUGAGGAAAAAUAUCGGUCUCUGCCAAGUCUCACAAAGCUACUGUCAACCAAACUGAAGCAUAUGGUGGCAAGUGGCAAAAUAAUCAAGGAAAAGCAUAAGUACAGGAUUGCAUUGAGUUCAGCAGUAUCUGAGAAAAGGAAAUGCUCUUCCUUGAUACUUGUGGAAGGGAGGCCCAAAGAUUCUCCAGAAGCAGGUAAGCAUGAUGAUGUCAAAAUCCUUUCAAAAUCCCAAAUUGAUGCGGAGAUAUCAAAAGUGAAGGGCAUGACAGCUCAAGAGGCAGCUGCUGCAGCUGCAAAAGCAGUUGCUGAGGCAGAAGUUGCCAUUGCACAGGCUGAGGCAGCAGCACGGGAAGCAGAGGCUGCAGAAGCUGAAGCUGACGCGGCUCAAGUGUUUGCAAAAGCUGCAAUGAAGGCGCUAAAAUGCAAAAUGCUUUGAAUGUGAAGGUGUGGGCUUAUGCUUGUUCAUCAUCAGCAGCAGAGUUGGCUUGAGGUGAUAGUUCUACUGCUGCGCUGUCUGCCUAUUUUUGUGACUGUAGAUAAUUAUCGGCUUGCAAAUCUGGAACAUGCGGAUGAUUCAUGAAACAUUUUGUCAAGAGUCAAUAAUAGGCCCCUUUUUUUCCCUUUUGAGGGAACACAAUGAGGGGAAAGCUACGAAGCACUAACUGAAGAGUGGAAAUGGCCAUGGAGUGCUGUAAUGGAAUGAUUUACAUCCACUUUGAGUAAAUGAAGGAAAACAAUUUAGUAGUGUUCCAAUAGCAAUAUGGAUUGACAUUGACAUACCGAUCAUAUAUGUGAGGAUGCAUGUUCUAAGACAUUGCUGCAUUAUUCUGGCUAUGUAAUAUAGACCUCCUUUUGAGGUUUGCAAAAUUAUUUUUAUGAAAAUCGCAGAUCUUGUCGUUUGAUUUUUC